AUGUGGAGUGGAAAUCGACAAGAUAUUUUGGGGAACACUAGCGCGGAUGUUAAUAUGGGGAAUUCGGAGCCGCCGUUAAUACCGCCGGGGAAUACUGGAUCUCCGGGAGCCGGCGGUCCUCCUCCUCUGCCACCACCGCCUUCGUACAUCGUUUUGCCGACUGAGGCGCAGUUGGAGGAGAAAGCGAGGAAGUGGAUGCAACUUAACUCCAAGCGGUAUAGUGAUAAGAGGAAGUUUAGAGAUCAUGGAGAUAUGUCAUCCAAGAAGUAUAGUCAUGAUAAGCGUGUAUAUUUGGGAGCCUUGAAGUUUAUCCCUCAUGCUGUCUACAAACUUCUUGAGAACAUGCCAAUGCCUUGGGAACAGGUCCGGGAUGUGAUGUACCAUAUUACUGGUGCCAUAACAGUUGUCAACGAAAUACCUUGGGUGGUUGAACCAAUUUAUUUAGCGCAGUGGGGUACAAUGUGGAUUAUGAUGCGUAGGGAGAAGAGAGAUCGUCGCCAUUUCAAGAGAAUGCGGUUUCCACCAUUUGAUGAUGAGGAGCCCCCACUGGAUUAUGCUGAUAACAUUUUGGAUGUGGAUCCUUUAGAGCCGAUUCAGUUAGAGUUGGAUGAGGAGGAAGAUCUGCUGUAUAUACUUGGUUUUAUGAUCAUAAGCCCCUAG